AUUCACUACUUAUUAGUACUUAUAUAUUAUAUACCACAUAUUAAUUUCCUGUGCUCUGUUCUCACUUGUCACUUGUGACUUGUCACUGCAUUGCCCUCAAUUCCAUGGAAUUGGACAUUGGAGUAACUCACUCAGAUCUCUCUCUUGCUGAAGCUGAUUCAUGGUUUUCAUCAGAUACAUCAAGUGGGUACCUUGAAGAUGCUAUUGCAGGCUGGGGAAUUUGGUGCAACCACAACAAUUUACCAUCCUACUCCCAAAAUCAAAAGAUGAUGGACCAUUAUUUGGUUGAUGAGGAACAUCUAUUUCCAACAUUUUGUUCAUCCACAACACCACAAAUCCUUCAUGGUAAUUUCCACAAAGAGAGUAAAGAAUUCAGCAAUAGGAACCUGCCAUCAUCAUCACCAGCAUCUUUACAAAAUGAACCUGCUCAGAGGAGCUUUUCACCUAGAGAAUCAGAUGCAAAUAAUGCUUCAGCUUCAAAUUCAAAGGGUCAUUGGAAGAAAAUAGCAUACCCAUUUGAGCUAGUAAAGGCAGGAGGAGUAGAAGGGGAAACAACACUGAAAGACAUAAACAACCAAAUGCUAAUGAGUCCAUCAAAGCCAAUUCCACAUCCUGUUGCUAACUUAUCAAGCACUCAUCCAUAUGCAUGCAUUUCAGCUCGUAGUGGUUAUGGCAUUUCAGGAAAAGUUGUUACAGCACUUACUAGGAUUCACACCCAGGGUAGAGGCUCCAUUACCAUUAUCAGAACCAAGGGUUGAAAAUUCCAAUUAGGAUUUUGUAUAUUACUUACAGUUAUUAUCAUAUACCUUCAUAGUAAAAUGUUGUUUGGUAGAGGUGUACGUAUUGUGUUGCAUUAUAAGGUUAAAUUUGAAAUUUUGAAUGGUGAGUUGUUAUAUUGAUAUGAUAAGAAUAAUAAUGCUGCUCUGGCUCUGCCAAUGACUCUUGAAUUGGUCUAAGGGAAACAUUGUACAGGUUAGAAUAGGGAACUAUACACUAUACUAUUAUUGGCUACAUUAUAUUUUGCUUUUUAGACUUUAGAUCAGCCAAAUAAUUAGGUAAUGUGGUCGCUCACAGGCCCAAGAACAACAUUAAUUUAUAUUAUAAAAUUGAAAUUGACAAGCACAAUCGGAAAAAUGCCAUUUGAUUUGGACUUGUGAAUUUCUACCAAGUGGAACAUUUUGGUUUUAUUGUCAAAAGAAAUUAAUCGCUAUUAUUGCUAGAG